AUGCCUUCUUUCUCCAGCGAUUUUGCCAACAAGCACGUCCUAGUCACAGGCGGAUCAAAAGGAAUCGGAAGAUAUAUUGUGGAAGCUUUUUUGGCUGAAGGAGCUAAUGUCUCUUUUUGCGCUCGCACAAUUCGAGGAGAUGAAUUCUCACUCUUCAAGGGCGCUACGAAUGGCGCUUGUGCCGUCGGUACAGCUGUUGAUAUUGGAAAACCCGAUGAGAUUAAAUCUUGGGUAAACCAAGCGGCUGAAGAUUUUGGUCGAAUCGAUUCGGUCAUUGCCAAUGCAUCACCUAUGAUUUGGGAAGCAACCGUUGAAGGGUGGGAGAAUAGUUUCCGUGCAGACAUCUUGGGCCUAGUGACCUUGAUUGACGCAUCGACGCCUUUUCUUGAAGCGAGGGUGAAAGCUUCGGAGAAUGCAUCCCUAGUGGUUAUUAGCUCUAUGGCAGGUUUUGAAGCACGACACCCCAUUGCUGGUUCCCCAUAUUCGACAUUUAAGAGGGCCCAAGCGGUACUGGCUAAAGAUUAUGCCCGCAAGCUUGGUGCUCUCGGCAUUCGUAUCAACUCUAUUGUACCAGGAUGUAUUGAAACCCCAAACAUCACGCUUCCAGAUGGCACGGUUCAGCUGAGCCAGUAUCAAAUUGUGAAAAGAGAUAACUAUCCUUUUUAUAAAUCUUUACUUGAUGACAUUUCGCUCGGACGAACAGGCAUUCCGGAAGAGGUAGCCAAUACUGUCAUUUUUCUUGCCAGCAGGCUAUCUAGCUUCAUCAACGGAGCUCAUAUUGUGGUUGAUGGAGGUAUGUCUCUCUUUUUUUAA